AUGGCUUCGGCAGAUUUUUUGCGAUCCAGGCAAGGCAGGGAUGUUGGGACUGGUAGGAAGUGUGAGAGAAGCAUACAUCAUUGUCUGUCGGAUGAGACUGACAGUGACCCCUUACAAGGCCGGGUGUUGGAAAUCGUGGGCUUAGGCGUCCAACGAGCCCUCUGGAUAGAAGAACAAGGAUGUUUUCUGUUCCCUGCUUUAAGCAUUGUUGAUGAGCAGGAAAAUAAACCUGGUUGA